GUCUGAUUCCUUCUGACAAAGAGAGUGCCAGCUAUCCGCUCCGCAAACGAGGAGGAGGCAAUGCUGUGGUAAUAGCAGUGGGUGGGGCCCCAGAGGCCCUCGAUGCCCACCCUGGGACCUACAAUGUACUCUUGGCUCAAAAGAAAGGCUUCAUCAAAAUGGCGAUGGUACACGGUGCUCAUCUGGUGCCAGUCUUCUCUUUUGGAGAAAAUGAACUGUUUGAUCAAGUGGAAAACAAAAGAGGAACCUGGCUUCGAUGGACACAGGAGCGGCUGCAAAGCAUCAUGGGUAUCUCCCUGCCUCUCUUCCAUGCACGUGGCAUAUUCCAGUACUCCUUUGGUCUCAUGCCCUACAGGAGACCCAUCCAUACAGUGGUUGGAAGGCCCAUUCAGGUUCAAAGGAACGAGAAGCCAGCUACCGAGGAACUGGAUGCCCUCCACCAGCUCUACAUGGACGAACUCAGCAAGCUGUUUGACGAGCACAAAGAAAACUACGGUGUGGACAAGGACACACAACUGAAUUUUGUCUGA